UUUUCCCUCAGCCACAGGCCACAAUCUUCCACCUACCCAUUCUAGAGAGAGAGAGAGCUCAGAAGAUCCUCGGCACUUUGAAUUUUCUUUCCCAGGUCUGCGUUCGUGGAGCAGCAUUAUGACGACGUCUUCAGUUCAUAGCCUCACCGAUAGUGAGGUUGAUGAGCAACAAAAACAUUCUGACCUGCAAAUCCAGUCAUCUUUGGAUACUGGGAUCACUCAUCCUGGCAUUACAUCACAGAAUAUGCAUUAUGCGUCACCUGCACUUGGAGUUGGAAAUGCCAUGGCACAAACAGCUUAUCCGUAUCCAGAUCCUUACUACCGAAGUAUCUUUUCUCCCUAUGACACGCCGCCUUAUCCUUCUCAACCUUAUCCAUCCCAACCAAUGGUCCACCUUCAGUUGAUGGGAAUUCAGCAAGCCGGUGUUCCUUUGCCCUCGGAUGCUGUUGAGGAACCUGUCUUUGUCAAUGCAAAACAAUACCAUGGCAUAAUGCGACGUCGGCAAUCCCGCGCAAAAGCUGAGUUGGAGAGUAAAGCUGCCAAGUCUCGGAAGCCCUACUUGCACGAAUCUCGACAUUUGCACGCAUUGAGAAGAGCUCGGGGAAUGGGGGGUCGUUUUCAGAAGAAAAAUGAGAACCAGCAGAAAGAGGUUCAAUCAGGGGAUCAAUCGCAGGCCAACAUCAAUCUGAACUUGGAAAAAAAUGCUCCCACUUCCUCAGAAAGUGCCUAGUGAAGAUUUGAUUCAACGCUGGUGGUUGUAAUUUAGCUUUGUAUGUACAAAUUCAGUGAUAGGUUCAUUUUAGAGAGUUGAAUUGCAGCAGGUUGUGAAUUUCCGAUAUGCAGUAGCAGUUUUCUUCUCAAGGGUUUAAGUUAUGCACUCUCCCAUACAUAAUGAUGAUCGAGUCGCUGUUUCCUUUAGUAAUUUAUAAAUUUGGCCGUUUGAGAGUUCC